UUCCUCCAAUGACUCUUAUGUGUAAUGUAAUGGAACAAAUAGUCAUGAUCAAGGGCUAGGUUUACGGUAGGAACGUCUCAAGGAUACUAAAUAGCAAUAGCCAUAGCCUCUCCCCGGCCUAAGUCAGUGUUGCAGCUGUGCGCCUGCGUACGGUAGUCCCAUGUGUUGUGAAUACAUGCAUUGUCAAAGUUGAGUGCUAGCUAGCUAUUUUACAACUGGACCUGUGGCUUCCACAUACAUACUUGCGUACCAUUUGAAAUAUGGAGAGACUCGUGCAGGCUAGCCUGCCUCCUGAUCAGGGACACAUUCUGGGUAUAGUGUCUCAGAGUGAUAAGCAGGCGGAGAUGUUCACAAAUGGCUUUCUGAAGAACAGUUUACCGGGUAUGAGCAAGAAGGAAAUCGGCGACUUCAUGCUUCACAAGGCUGUGGUUCUAAAGUAUGCGAAAAAGGAGAAGAAAAAGAAAAACAAAAAGAGAGCCAAGGGUCUCAAUGCUAAACAAAGGAGAGAGAUGAAGGUCUUUCAGCUGAAACCAGAGCAUCAAAAAUAUGAGCUUUUCUUGCCCUUGCAUGAGCUAUGGGAACAGUACAUCAGAGAUCUGUGCAACGGAUUGAAAACAGAGAGCAACCCACAGACAAUUCAGCAGAGGCUGUUGAAGGCUGAUUUUCAUGGUGCCAUUCUUACAGUGGCCAGGUCCAAAUGCCCCUCGUAUGUAGGCACCACAGGAAUCCUAGUGCAGGAGAUGAAACAUGUCUUCAAAAUCAUCACAAAGGAGGACAAACUGAAAGUCAUACCGAAGCGAAACAGUGUGUUUGCUGUGGAGAUCGAUGGCUUUGUCUCCCAUAUCUACGGUAGCAAGUUUGAACUCCGCUCAAGCGAGCGAUCCGCAAAGAAAUUUAAAGUCAAAGGAACCAUAGACCUGUGAUCCUGUUGGAGUGUAGUAAUGAGACUGAGCUCAGAGGCUCAAAGGACAGAGAAGUAAACAACUCCUGUCAGGAUCUAUAAUAAGGACUAUCACCAUCUUCAAUUCUUAUUUUCAAGUCAUACGGGAACCUCGGCUUCUGUUUUGGAUGCAAGUCCUGUUCUAUAGCAUUUUAUACUGUGGCAAAGACAGAAGACCUGACAAACUCAAAGCAAUCAAGAACAUAGUUGUGAUUAGAGCGCAUUUGUGUUGGUAUUUUCUUUUUUUGUAAAUGUGUCCAUUGAUUGGUCAGUGAUUCAAUUAUUUUACAUAAUUGUAAAUACAUUGAUCUGUUUUGAGCAACACUACCUAUGUCCACAAGGUGGCACUAAAUCAAUCUGCUUCAAUGUAUGUACAAUAAACAUAUCUAUCUAUAAAUUGUUGUCAAAUGACAGAUUACAUUUCCUUGAUCACCUAGUUUGAAGUAACACAAUGAGUUACAAUACAAUGAUACUACUAUGUGGAAACUGAAAAUGUGCCUGUCUUUGGUAUGCAAGAUGCUUAAUUUCCUGAUAAUUUGGGAAUUUCCUAGUUGCUCAACUUUUUAUGAGGUACCUGUUGUAUAUUGUUGGUUUGUCAAUUGAAGUGGUGUAGAUACUAAACAUUGCUGACCUGAAAUUUUCAUUUGGUAGUUGAGUUGCAUUGACAAGUAGGUAUCUCUGUUGGCGUUUGGAUUGGUCAUAUUUGUUUCUUAACCAUGAGUGUGAUUUUGUCAACUUUUUAUGCUAUUACAAUAAUGACAACUGAGUAAUUGAAUUUAUAUAUAUAUAUAUUUUUAAUCAAUUUAAGACAAAGCAUUUGCUGUCUGUUUUGUAAUAUAUUGUAACAUUUUAUUUCCCUCAUUUCCCAGUAAAAAUCCUAUCCCUAUUCUAAGUGGUGUGCUGAUGCACAAGAUAUUUCGUUUUUUGGGCAGGUGGUGUGUAUGAGACCGACUGGAAGGGAACCACUCAAUGUCAUCACUUCCUUCUUCACUGGGACUUCAAAUAUGCUUUCUACUUUCUUUUCACAGGGUGUAAGGUCUUGGUCAAGAGGGCUGGUGAAUCAGUCCGUGCAAUGCAACACAUGCGUCCAUGAACUCAUUUGAUGCUGCAAAAAGCAUACAUUUUUAUUCACCCUUGUAUGUGUAAUAUUCAAGUCCACUGUUUCUAGCAUGCAUGUGCUAUGUUUAUUUGUUCAGCCCUCGUGACUUGGCAUUCCAUGCUAAAGAAUAGCCAUACUGGAGCAUAUUGUGUUCCCUCAUAAAAGGAUGCACAUUAACCAGAUUUCACAAUUCUUUUGUUUUACUUCUGUAUUCUUAUAAAGCGUAGAGCUUGUUGGAAAUCUGUCAUAUUUGUCAUGGUGUAAUGGCCGGUAAGAGUAUUCCUUGAAACAAUGUCUUAAUCUUUUUCUCCACCUACCUGUACAGUCUUUGCUGUAUUCUGCUCAACCAGACAGACAAAAUUGGGGUUGUUCUUUAAAUGUUGGUUGUUGACAGUCAGUUGAUGAUGGUCUGUUUUAAAAACAGAAUGAUGCCUUUUUGGUAAACAUCAGACACAGUUAAACUGUACUUUCAUGUAGUGUUUUUUUCUACUGAAAAAAGGCCAACCUUGUUAGCUGUAACAUCUCUUGCAUCUAGUUCAAUGAUACACACAUUUGAGCUAACACAACACAAUUACAUUGUUUACUCAUUCUUAGUUGUGAUAGUUAUGUUUAAAGAAGAUAUGGCCUCUGAAAAUGGCACUUUGUGCGUUUGAUUUUUUAAUCUGCGUGUUCCAUCAUAAGGUGGCCUGAGAAGAUCACUUGUGAUUGUGAUGUCAUUAAAAUGUUCAAUGCUUCCCUA